CUCUACCCCCGAAACCCUAAUCUUCCAGUUCACAGACAGAUUGAUCACUCCAUCUCUCGAGUUUUGAUUCUCUAGGAACCCCAGAAGAGGUGAGAUCGAUGUAUCAUCAUCCUUCGAGGUAAAGGCAUCACCUUUUCAACUGUCACUCUCUAUCUCAGGAGAGGUUAUUGAAGCCUUGCCAACCAUAUUCAGUUUUGAUUAAAACAGUAUCAUCUUUAAUUUUAGUAGAAACCUUUUGAGUCCAAUCUUCUGAAAAGAUAUGUCGGCAUCCAAAUUGACAAAGAAACGCCGUAUUUUGGAUGCCUCGGACAGAUUCAUCCAGUUACCGGAUGAAUUGAUCAUAAUCAUCUUGAAGAAAACUGGAGACCCCAAAACCCUUAUUCGUUGCUGUUUAGUGUGCAAGCACUUGCAAUCCCUUGUCUCCAAAGUGGAUGCAGUCUCUCUUAGAUUCUCAUAUCCAGGAGAGGCCGGCAAGUAUCUCCCUUGCUGGAAAUCACAUGACCACAUUCCUCUAUCAGCUAUCCCUGCCAUUAUGAAAGUGUUUGCUUAUAUGAAAUCUCUUAAAAUCAAGCUCUGCCUUUGCCCGUCACUACUCCCUUGUUAUGGAGUGCAUCGCGGACAUGCAUUCAAGUACAAGCUGAAGGCAGAGGAUAUGAACGAUAAAAUGCACACUCAUCUGUGUGUGGCUAUUGAAGUUGGAUCAUUGUCAAGUUUAUACCGUAAACGGGACUGGUUCGAUAUUGAAAAGGUCAAGAAUCCUCUGAUGAUGUCCUUUUUUCUUGUAAUAUUAAGUCAUCGGCCUAAAACGCUGAGUAGUGUGGUGAUUUUGAGUACUGGAAUAGAGAGGCAUGGUUUGAAACGUAAGGGGGGGAAGGUGUUUAUGGAAUCUGAACAAAUGGCCAGGUUUUUUACUUUGAUUUCAGAUACAAAAGUGAACAAGAGCUGGUUUAAGAAUCCGCAGAAUCUGGUUUGUUGGAUUAAAAAGGAUGAGCAAAAUAAUCAUCGGGUAAGAGAGAAGUUGUGGCUUGUGCAUAAAUGGGAAGGAGAGAGAUGCAAUGUGAAGAAAUCAAGUAUAGAGGAGAGAGAUGUGAAGGAGCUGCUGUGUGCUUUUGAUGAGGACGCCAACAAUGAUGAGAAACAAUGAAAAAUUAGACCUCUUCUGACAGUAGUAACAUGAUCACAACCCAAGUUCUAGGUUUGCGUUCUGUGUAAAGUUAGCAAAUACUCUAUGCUUUAGUUGAAUGGUAUAUAUUUAAUUGUUACCGUGUGGAAUUUCUGUUUUCUUAAUUGUAAAUAUAAGCAUGGGUUUUUUGGUAAGUUCAAGGAUGGAAGUGUGAUAAAUUGAAAAGGCGUGAAAGAUAGUAGCUUACAGCAUGAA